AUGAAAAGGAAUUAAUUUCCAGUUUGUUGCCUUAUAAAUCUAUCACAUUUAUAAUUUGAAAUCAUGAUGAAAUUCAAUAAGUACUUGAUGAAAAUUUUGUAAAUACAUAAGCUAUAUUUUCUCUAAUUUUAAAAGUCCGUUAGAGGAUUGAAUCAAUAAUUGGAAUACUACUCUCAAAAUUAAAUCAGAUAUACUAGAGGUACGGUGUAAAUUUUAACGAUAAUUAAUGUAUUGAUAACCCAUUUUUGAUUCACCAGAUAUUGCAAAAAAUUAUGAUAGGUCUAUCAAAUAUAAAAAUAAGAAAUUUAAAACAGUAGAUUAAAUUUGGAAGCAUAACCUUAAAUUUAUGCUUCAGUAGUGCUUAAGAAGGUUUAUUGGAAAGAUUGCAAAACAAAAAUAAAAAUUUAGAAAUCAUUUAAAAGGAACUAUAAUUAUUUUGGAAAAGAAAAGAGUAAAAUUUGCAAGAAUCUGUUUUUCUUUCAUUGAUGAUUUAUUGGAAAUCUUAUCACAAACUAAAGAACCAACAGCAGUCUAACUACAUUUAAGAAGAGUACUUCUUACUAAUUCAACCAAUUUUUGA